UUGCCCGCAUUGCCAAAGCUAAAAGGACGAAAACGCGACGACGUCGACGGACUGUUUAAAGCUGCGGGUCCGCAUGAAGAUGCCAGACUCCCUAUGGGAGAUGAUCCUACCGUGAGAAAUAUGGAGACAGCACAGGAAGGUUCCGCUUGGAGAGCCUUGCCCAUCUUACCGGCCGACGUGUGGGAGAUCGCGAUAGAUCAUCUCUGGGAUCAACCGCGAACGCUAAUGGCGUGUACCCUCGUCUGCAGCGCAUGGUAUCCUCGCAGCCGCUUCCACCUCCUGCGCAGAGCUGUAUUGCGCAAACGCCAAGAUUUGCAUGGUUUCGCGAGAGUGCUCAAGCGGAUGCCGUCGUUGCGCCAUCAGGUGAAAGACCUUGUCAUCGAGAGACGCCACCCAGUGUUGGGAAACAGGCUCCCGGUCGACUACCUCUCAACAGCCAUCAGGAUGCUUGCAGGCAAGCUACCAAAGCUGGAUACACUUUGUAUAUCGCAUUCGAUGGUGACGAUGGAGACGCUGCAUCCUGACGUGUUCUUGCAUAUGUCCAUAUUCUCUUCCGUUACGAGGCUUCAUUUCACCAGGCUCGUUGUGUGGUCAUUAUCCACCUUUGGGAAUCUCAUAUGUGCACUUCCUGCCAUCGUUGAGUUACGCUGCUCAAGCUUGGCGGUCUCCCAGAAAACCCCCUUCACUAGCACAGUCUUUUCUGGGAAUAAAAAGCGUGCCAAAAUCACCACACUGUAUCUCGCUAGUCAUGUAAACAAGGGUGUCAUCGAGUUCUUGGUCACGACUGGUGCGGCGGAAAACUUGCAGAAGAUCACCUUGGAUAACUUGGAAAUCUCCAACCCCGUCAGGAUGCCACCCAAUUGGGCUAUCCAGCAGUUGGUGAACUGUGCGGGUGCGUCGCUUACAGAGCUGGACAUGUCAUUUUCCGAGGUACCCCUCAGUCUGGGCCAGGCUGAUCGUCCUGACACUAUGUUGUCCUAUGCGACCAACAAUGCACUACGCACACUGACUGUGGGUGUACGGCGCCUUGCAGACAAGCACAUCGACUGGAUGCUUUCCACCCAACCAACGCUCAAAUCAGAGCGAUUGGAGACGAUCGUGAUAGUACUAGAUUCCAGGCGUCAGGAUCCGCCAAAAACUCCGGGCGGAGACACACCCAGGUUACUCUCGGCGGUACUCAGCCCUCCUCUAUGUGUCCCAUUGGACACUAUGCUCUCCUCUGAUUCAUUCAAAUGCGUCAAAACCGUGGAGAUCCGUUUUCUGGCCAAUAUAUUCUCCCAGGUGAUUCCAGAUGCCAAGCAAUGGGAAGACCAUGUCGUUCCAUGUUUUCCGCGGCUGGUUCAACGGGCAAUCCUCCGCACCUCCGUGAAGGUGGACAUGGAUGAACCGUGAGACGUGGCGGGUCUUUGUAACUAUCUCCACAUCUGAUUUCCACGAUGAGCUUCAAAUUCAACAACCUGGUCCUCUCGCCAUGAUUUGGACAACGCUCUAUAGACUACAUCCGAAUUGACAAUAAGGUAAAAAAAAGUCGUACAAUGCGGAAUUAUAGUGCUGGAAUGUCUCUCAAGCAGUGGAGAACAGACGGAGCUU